AUGGACUCCCGACUUUCGACACGCCAACUCGAUGGUGAAGAUCGGCAAGAGAUCAAACCGAGGAUGGUGGUGGGAUCACUUCGUGGAGCACCCAGGUUAUGCUGUCAAAGACCCAGCUUCGAUGGUCAGCGGAAAGGCAAAGGUGGCAAUGGACGAGUUGCCCAACGUCUUCUCUCGAUUUGCCCGAAUUACGCUUCUUGUGAACGCCUGUUUAGCAUGUUCGGCGCAAUCCUCACAAAAUGGCGCAAUCGGCUCUCAACUGAGACACUCACCCUUCUGGCAGAACUCGAGAUGUAUGUUCACGAAGAGCAUGUACGCAAUGACGUGGUCAAGAAGCGGCUUCAACGCCGGUACUGUGACACCGAGGCCACUGACAAAGCAGAGCCUACUCAAGUAGUUCAUGCAGUUGGUGAUGAUUUAUCAGGAGAAAGCAGCGAACGGGAGCCACGCAGCCUCGCUUUCGAGAGGCGAGGGAUAAGUGAUGUUGCAGCAGACCUUAUCCGAGCUGUUCAGGAGGAGGAGGAGAUUUCCGCCACAGAAUCAAUGCACUCAGUCCCCAUUGGUGCUGCCAGUGCCGGUGGUUCAUUCUCCCGCAUUGCUAUCAAUGACUUACUCGACUAUUCUCGUGCGGAGGAAUAG